GAUGCAGUGGCGGGUCACCUGACGCCAGCGCAACCAGGAAGCGACCGCAGAGAAUGAAUAUAUGUUAAUAUUUGCAGGCCGUCGGUGCUUCAUAUCUGGAAUAAAAGUAAAUCUGUUCGCGCGGCGGUUUGAGGAAAAAUCAGAGGCAUGUUUGGGGCAGACGACGAGGACGGAGAUUUUCUGUCUCCCGGUGGAGGAGCAAAGUUAGCAUCUCUGUUUGGACUGGAUCAGGCAACCAGCCAAGGGAAUGAGUCUUUCCAGUAUACAGCGCCCAAACAGCCUCGCAAGAGCUCCGGCAACUCAGGGCCCUCAACCCAAAAGCCAGCUCCUCCUGCAAACUCACCUGCUGUUCUCUUUGCCACUGCAGUACAUGCACACCGAUAUGUUAAUGGACAAUAUGUGAAACAAGGCAAGCUUGGAGCUGCGGUUCUCGGAAAUCACACGACUAAAGAGUACAAGAUCCUGCUGUACGUCAGUCAACAGAAGCAGGUGACAGCGGCCAAGAUCCACAGCGGCUUCAUCCUCACAGUCCAGGCCAGAAACUACUGCUCGUUCUAUGACGAUCAGAGACAGAACUGGUCACUGAUGUUCGAAACGGAGAAAGCAGCUGCAGACUUUUCUAAAGAGGUUUGUCUGGCGAAAGUGAACAGCGGCGGGGCGUCAGACUCAGUCCUGAUCCAGGAUCUUGUUCUUGGCGAAGGUCAGGCUGUGGAGAACGGAGACUCUCUAGAAGUGGCUUACACCGGCUGGCUACUGCAAAACCACACCACUGGACAGAUGUUUGACUCAAAUCUGAAUAAAGACAAGCUGCUGAGACUGAAGCUGGGGGCUGGUAAAGUCAUUAAGGGCUGGGAGGAGGGCAUGCUGAACAUGAGGAAAGGUGGAAAGCGGCUCAUGGUGAUUCCUCCAGCUCUGGCGUACGGCUCGCAGGGCGUCCCGAACCGCGUGCCUCCCGACAGCACGCUCAUCUUCGAAGCUGAGAUCCGUCGGGUGAAGUUUGUGAAGGAUGUCGGCUCCGGAGAUUCAGCGUCUCCAUCUCCUGCUCCGAGUGUUGAGAGUCUGGGCCCGUCUGAGCUGAACCAGCCCGUCAGCAGCGUCCCACAGAGCAGCAGACCCAGCGAGCCUCCUCUUCGAGCGAAGUCAAACUCCCUCAGUGAACAGCUGACUAAUCCUGAUGCCACUAAAGCUAAGCUGAUCUCUCGGAUGGCUAAAAUGGGUCAACCGAUGCUGCCCUUCAUCACGGGCCCGGCCUCGUCUCCAUCACAGCCGGACUCCAGCGACUCUGAGCUCGAGGACCCGAGUGUGUCCAGACUGAAGGAGCGCAGCAGUGCACCGUCACCACAGCCGCUUCACAUCUCCUCCGCCCCGCCACCGGCACUGCAGACUGCGGCUCUUCUGCCGGUUUCCAUGGCGGCGGCUAAUCCACAACCCAUGAUGCCUGCAGCCAUUCAUGCUUUUCAGCCUGUAAGUCAGAUGUACCCCACACAGACUGUGCCUUACCAAGGAACUAGUGAUGUCACAUCCUUCUUGAUGACGGAGGCUCGACAACACAAUACUGAAAUCCGAUUGGCUGUUGGGAAAGUGGCCGACAAGCUGGACACUUUAUCUUCAAGGAUUGACGAUCUACAAAAACAGAGCAGCGUUUCGAUGGGCUUAUCGAAUGUGUCCAUGGAGACGGCAAUGAUCAUGCACAACAUUCAGAGAAUUAUUCAGGAGAACGAGUGUCUGAAGAAAGAGGUGUUUGAGAAGAGUUCACGCAUUGAGGAGCAGAACCGCAAGAUCAGCGAGCUCAUCGAUCAGAACCAGAGGUAUGUGGAGCAGAGAAACCUGCUGAUGGAGCAGAGAAACGACUCUCUGAAGAACAGCAGUGAGCAGAAUCAGGCCAGAAGACUGCAGGCGGAGCAGGACAAGCAUGCAUUGCCAAAGGAAUUGAGUUGGGAUCAGGCUCGUCUGACGGAGGAUUUGGCUUCGUCUACGGCACGCGUGUCAGAGCUGCAACUGGAGUUGAGUUCGCAGCAGCAGAAGCUCUCAACACUGCAGAGCAAACUCAGCGCCGCCCUGCAGGACAACCAGCAGCACUGCACACAGAUCACAGCACUGGAUGCGCAGAUACUUGAGCUGAAGGAGACAGCAGAGCGAGCGCAGAGUCAAUACAAGACAGAGAAACAGAAACGCAAAGAACUGGAGCUUAAACUCAACAACCAGGAGGAAGAGCUGCAGGACAUGAAGACAGAGAAGGACAGUCUGGAGCGAACUCUCUCGGAGAGGAAGAGGAAGUGGCAGGCGGAGCGACAGCGCUGUGAUGAAGAGCUGGAGGAGCUGAGGAGAGCGGGACAGCAGGAGAUGGAAAACCUCAGGAGCCAGUUACGCAGAGCCAGAACCAGCACCGACCACGCGGCAGCACAACAGCUGUCUCAGCUGCAGGUGGAUCUGGAGCGGGAGUGGCAGGUGAAGUGUGAUCAGGCUGUAGCUGCCGCACGUGAACAGCAGAGGAGAGAAACAGCUGAACUCAGCGAACACAGAGACACACUGCAGAGCAAACUCACACAGCUGCAGGAGAAGUUUAAUGCUCUGAAGAAGUCUCGUGAGUCAGAGGAUCAGCGCUUGCUCCAGCAGCAGGACCAGAGCGAAGAGCUGCAGGCCUUCAGGGAAAAGUGCUGUUUACUGGAGCAGAGAGUGGUGAUGUUAAAGCAGCAGGAGGAGACGAGGGUUUCAGAGCUGGAGACGAGACUGACGGAGCAGCAACAGCAGACGGACACCGCUGGAGAGGUGAAGCGUGUGAUGAACGGAGUGUUUCAGUCGCUCCGAGGAGAGUUUGAUCUGAAUGAGACGUACACCGGAAGUGCUGUUCUCCGAGUGCUGGUCAACACUAUCAAGAACGUCACUCUUCAGCUCCUCACCAAAGCUGAGAGAUCUUCAUCUGAACACGAGGAGGAGGAGGAGGACAGAGAUGAUGAAGAAGAGAGACCAGAUAAACUGCAGAUAAAUGGACAGAGAGAAGAGGAAGAGGAGGAUGAGAGAGAACCGGAAGAGAUCCAGAUGAAAGAAGAGGAGGAAGAGGAACACACUUCACCAGCAGAGGAGAAGAAGACCGAAGAUACAGAAGAAAGCAAAGGAGAACAGGAAAGUGCAGAAGAAAAGAUUGAAGAGAACGCCAGCACAGAAGACAUGAAGGCAGAUCAGAUUAAUCCUAACAGCGCAGAAAACACACUUCAAGAUCAGCUUAAUGCGAGCGCAGAAAACACACUUCUAGAUCAGAGCACAGAAAACACACUUGUGGAUGAGUUUAAUGAGAGCAGUACAGAAAACACACUUCUGGCAGAGACAGAACGUGACCUAACAGCCAGAGAGGAAGUGACUUCAGAGCUGCCUGAUGUCACUGGUCCUGCACAGGAAGUGACGGUGAUGGAUGAGAGUGUUUCAGGGCAUUUGGAUGAAGCGGAAACGACGGAGACGAUGUUGUUUGGUGGUCCUCCUAAAAACCCUCCGCCGCCCCCUGCUGCUCUACAGGACAAGUGCGCAGACACACCUGAGGUGACCCACAGUUCGUCUGAGAGAGUAGAAGAGGAAAAUGGAGAGGAACCAUUUUUCCAGAGUCCCGUCCCUCCUGCAUCCACACCCGUAUCCACACCUGCACCCACAGAGGCAGCAGCCGACGAAGAGGAGGAGGAGCUGAGUCUGAAGGGUCGUCCUCCUCCUGCUCCUCUGUUUGGUGAUGACAGUGAUGAAGAAGAUCUGGAUUGGCUGGGCUGAUGUCAAAAAUCUAAAGCACUGCAGACGUCCCAUGAGGAGAUCAACACGACGGCCGGGCGCUUCAACAAAACAUGUCAGUAUUCCCACAGAGAAUGAGACAUGUUCUGCCCAAAACAUUUCAAAAGCAGAUGAUUAUGGGCCGAGAGCUGCUUAGACACUGAUUUGCUGCACACACAGCAGAGCAAAACGCUCAUCUUUAAAUAUGCUGUAAAUCAUAACAACUGUUCAACUCUUUGUUUUUUAAUCGUAAUUUAUGAUUCAGAGCGAUUUCAGAAUACUCUCCGGAUGCUUCUUAAUAUUUAUACAUCGAACUAACAGCAGCCCGUAUGAAUAAAGACAGUAGACUUCCUGUCA